UUUUUGUUUUUGUAAAAAGGCUGGCUUUGAUUCAGAUCAGAUGUAAGAUGACAAAAGGAUUGGUAAGAAGGGCUGUAUUUCAUUGAAAGCCAAAGCUGGUUUAAAACUCUCUGCCUGUGGAAAGUGUGUUGUAGUGGAGAUGGGUUGUGUGAGGGAGCUAGUGUUGGCUCUGGUUUUCUUGGGGUUGAAUUUGUGUGGGCUUUGUGUAGAUGGUAGUUCAACAAAGUGGGAUGAUCUUCUUAGGAUGCCCACUUAUACAAAGCAUGGAGGAGGAGGAAAUGGUGGUGAUGGCGGUGGUGAUGAUGAUGGUAGUGGUGGUGGUACCAGGUGGGCUGUUUUAAUUGCAGGGUCCAUGGGCUAUGGCAACUACAGGCAUCAGGCUGAUGUUUGCCAUGCAUAUCACAUAAUGAAGAAUGGUGGACUGAAAGAUGAGAACAUUGUUGUCUUUAUGUAUGAUGAUAUAGCAAAUAGUUCUGACAAUCCUAGACCAGGGACUAUCAUCAAUCACCCCAGAGGAAAAGAUGUCUAUGCAGGUGUCCCUAAGGACUAUGUAGGUGAGAAUGUGAAUGAAAAAAACUUCUUUGCUGUCUUACUUGGAGAUAGAAGUUCAGUUACCGGAGGGAGUGGUAAAGUGGUAGAUAGUGGCCAAAAUGACCACAUUUUCAUCUAUUACUCUGAUCAUGGAGGACCCGGAGUACUUGAUUGUGGACUGGAUCAUCUAGAUUUAUUGGCCUCGUUUCCAGAAAAAGAUUAUUCCUACCCCUGGGAAAAACAAUGCAUGCCCACUCCUCCAUAUCUUUUUGCAAAUGACUUUGUUGAAGUCCUAAAGAAAAAACAUGCUGCUGGCACAUAUAAAGAAAUGCUCAUUUACAUUGAGGCAUGCGAAAGCGGAAGCAUUUUUGAAGGUCUUCUACCAGAAGGUCUGAAUAUUUACUCUACAACAGCAGCCAAUGCAGAAGAAAAUAGCUGGGGAACUUACUGUCCUGGAAUGUCCUCCCCACCCCCUAAAGAGUAUUUCACAUGCCUUGGAGAUUUGUACAGUGUGGCAUGGAUGGAAGACAGUGAGAUGCACAAUUUGGAGACAGAAACAAUAAAGCAGCAGUACCAAUUGGUUAAAAUGAGGGCAUCAGAUCAUAAUACAUACAGGACUGGAUCCCAUGUAAUGCAGUAUGGUGACAUCCCUAUCAGCAGAGAGCACUUGUUUCUAUACAUGGGAAGUGACCCUGAAAAUGCUAAUGCUACUUUCACCUUUGACAAUGGGCUUCAAGAAAUUUUUGAUGAAAAGGAAGCGAGGGCUAUAAACCAGCGGGACGCAGAUCUUCUUUACCUUUGGCAAAAGUAUAAAAGAUCCACAGAGAAUUCCAUUGAGAAACUAGAAGCACAAAAGCAUUUGGUUGACCUGAUGACACAUCGCAUGCACCUUGACAAGAGUGUGAAGCUUAUUGGAAAGCUUUUGUUUGGCACUGAAAGGGGUCCUCUGGUGCUGAAUACUGUGAGAUCCCCUGGGCAGCCUCUAGUUGAUGACUGGGACUGUCUCAAAACAAUGGUAAGGAUAUUUGAAACCCACUGUGGAUCUCUGUCCCAAUAUGGCAUGAAACACAUGCGUUCUCUAGCGAAUAUCUGCAACCAAGGCAUUAGCAAUGAUGUCAUGUCUUCAGUUUCUGCUGAAGCAUGUGCUCAGGUUCCAUUCAAUUCAUGGAGCUCCCUUCAUAAAGAUUUCAGUGCUUAAUUCUUUUCAGAAGACCAGAGGAUUGGUUGACCACCUGAGAUUGUGACAAGCAACUUCUCUGAUACAUAAUUCACUGUGUUAUCUCAUCUGAAACGUGCCAUAAUGUACAGUAAUCUUAUAUAAAAUCAUUGAAAUAGCAUCUGGGAUUAAGAUUUCUAUAGUUAUAGAAGUGUAGGUCUCUUCUUGUUCUUUUCAGAAGUACAACAUGUUGAAAGGAAGUCAUUUCUACUAUCAUUCCUUAACGAUCUUAUUGAACAAUAUCUGUGUCGUUUGUAUAUUUGUGUUAUUAUAUACACUUGAAUUUUUAAUAAAAUAUAUCUCUGCAUUCGUCAAA